CUUAGCCAUGUGGCUAUGACUACAAACGACUGCUCGUCUGAUCCAUAGGUUUACGAUUUGUAAUUAAUAUUGUGCAUGUUCACACCGCCAGCAGAAUGUCAGAGUCCAUGUCUAGAUUUCAAGCAGAGGUAGCUGCGGUUUUGGAGGUGUUACUGAAGGUAGCCGUCGUGGAGAUAACGAAAGUUUUCGAAGGACGCUCACAGGAGUCCCAUGGCUGCACGGUCAACAGAGAACCUCGGAUAAAAGAAAAUGUGCUAUCUGUACCUGACAUCAGGGCUCAUAUGGAAAGUGCAUUGACUAAUUUCACUGCCAAGAUGGUUUGUAGCGUCGGUGUGCAGGUGGAAGAGACAUUGCUAUCCCAACAUCAGGAUGAGUGCAUGUCCAAUGCGAGAGGCAGAGCUUGUCUGCUGGAAUCCACAGGAGAGGAGGGGCUGUCUCCCUCAGAAAGUCUCUGCAAGGACUCCCCAGAAGUUGUGGAUCUGCAAUGCAUGGUUGAUCUUCCGUGCACCAUUUUCAAAGAAAAUGUGAUUGCUGUAGGGAGAGGAGAUUCAGGGACAAUUCAGGAAAACGAUCUUCAAGGACUUGCUGCCCUUGCGGAGUCCACUUCAUCUUCUGUGGUAGAUCCAGAUGCUCACCCUUUUGACACUGUUCUUGUACCCAGUGCAGAGCUUUCUACAGACACUCUAGGCCAGUGGGACCUUGGCCUUAUGGAUGUGAAUUCUUUACCCUCUAUUGAAAAGACACCCUCCAUAGAACUUCCUCAAUCCAGUGAAAACACAUCUGAGCCCACAAGUCUUAACCAGGCAUCAGGUAAUACUGCUACUGAGGUCAGGCAAGGAGGUUCUGAUGUAAAGAAGGUGCAUUUCCAACUCAGCAAAAUGCCUUUUGAUUGCAAACUGUUACGGCCUUGCUCUGUGCAACUUGUAAACCUUCUGAUGAUGUCAAGUGGCAUAAAGAAAAGCACAAACGGUUCCAGCAAAAAAUGCUUCUCUGUACCUAAAGAUCUGCGAGCUCAUCAGCGUGUCCAUACUGGACGAAGACUGUGCUGCUUUACAGAGUGUGGGAACGGUAUUUGGCGUCUACAGGGUGUCCACCCAUAUGACUGUAAGAUUUGUGGCAAAAAGUUCAAACGCAGGAAGAUUCUAAAGCGGCACGAGCGCUUUCACACAGGAGAAAAGCCGUAUUCAUGCAAAAAGUGCAGAAAAACCUUUGCCCUACGGAAAAGCUUGCGAAGACACGAAAGGUUCCACACUGGAGAGAGACCUCACCACUGCCCCCACUGCGGAAAAGGUUUCCGUCUCAAGAACAAUCUCAAGGAUCACUUGCGCUUUCAUACCGGUGAAAAGCCAUUCAAUUGCAGCCUGUGCUCUAAGGGCUUUAGGAUCUAUAAGAACCUUGUGAAACACAGACUCACUCACACUGCGGAAGGUAGAGCUCCAUCUGUUAAAUAGAUCAACAAAAAUUGUGUGUACUUUGACUGAAUUAAAAAACAGUAUUUCUACCUCAGCUGAGAACCACUAGAUAAAUGUUUGCCACUGUGGGUCAGCUUUGCAAAACAAGCAGUAAGCACAUUAGGGUGACCAUCUUCUAAGUGUCCAUGUUUCACUUUGUCCUGAUUUUAGGUUGUAAUGAUUUGUUGUUUUGCAUGUUGAUCAGAAACAUUUGUGGGCAGUUUUCUUCUGUUGUAAAUGUUGUUAAAAUUGUCUGGGGGGAAAAAUAUUUCUUUGCCCCAGACUGCAUCUGUAACAAAAACGUUCUUGUUAAAGAAAUUUGCACGCAAUAGAGUAUAUUGGGUAAAGAGUCCUGGACAUUGGAGGAUUCAGUCCAACGCAAGCAGAUUUGGCUGAUCCCCAGCUUUAUGUAAAAAUCAUAAAUAUUGAACUCCAGGCUUCUUGUAUGUUGGCUAUCCAAUUGUUGUCUAAAAAAACGAAUGGCCUUACUGCCUUAACAUACAGCCAUUGAUUUCACAAUUUUAACUAUCUGGAAAUACUUGUUUGGAUGAACACACUGGAUCUGAUUGGUUCCUUAUUUGUUGGUGACUACUUUCUUUGGUGCGAUCUGUUCACUUAAAGAUCAACAUUUAUAAAAGCUAAAAAAACAACCCUUUUGCUCCCAUUUUCUACUGUGGUUUUAUGUGUACUUUUCUCUUAAUUCUUUUAAGUAGUUUUUAGAAAUAGAAAGAGCUUAUAAAUGUGUAUUUGUUUCUCUUUUUUUUAUUCAGAAAUGUCGUGUGUGUUUUUAGUUUGAUAUUAAAAAGCAUAAUUAUGUAGUAAUGCAUUUAUAACAAAUAUUUUCAAAUUAACAAUUUCUGUACAUUCUGUUUUGCAUUAUUCAUUUCCAUUAUACAAACCUAAUUUUCAUU